AUGGCAGUGAACAAGAUCAAAGGGGCCUUCGCGGUACCCAGGAAAGGCGAAACCUUUGAGCUACGAGCAGGCCUUGUCUCUCAAUAUGCGUACGAGCGCAAGGAGGCUAUUCAGAAGACCAUCAUGUCAAUGACUUUAGGCAAAGACGUGUCUGCUUUGUUCCCUGAUGUCUUAAAAAAUAUUGCGACAGGAGAUUUGGACCAGAAGAAACUUGUCUACUUAUAUCUCAUGAAUUACGCAAAAUCUCAUCCAGACUUAUGUAUACUGGCGGUCAACACAUUUGUUCAGGAUUCUGAAGAUCCGAAUCCACUGGUUCGUGCACUAGCAAUACGGACUAUGGGUUGUAUUCGAGUCGAUAAGAUGGUAGAUUACAUGGAAGAACCUUUGCGCAAAACACUCCGAGAUGAAUCACCGUAUGUAAGAAAGACAGCUGCUAUUUGUGUGGCCAAACUUUUUGACCUGAAUUCUACUAUGUGUCUAGAGAACGGAUUCCUCGAGACUCUACAAGAAAUGAUUGGAGACCCAAACCCAAUGGUGGUCGCAAAUUCCGUCACGGCAUUAAUCGAGAUAAAUGAAGCAGCACCGGCGACAAAAGCGUUGCAAGUUACCCCAGCCUCUCUGAAAAAAAUGCUUAUGGCCUUGAAUGAAUGUACUGAAUGGGGACGAGUCACUAUACUCUCUACCUUAGCAAAUUAUAAAGCUCGAGACUUAAAGGAGUCGGAACAUAUUUGUGAGCGGGUUUCUCCUCAAUUUCAACACGUAAAUGCGAGUGUGGUCCUAGCCGCUGUCAAGGUUGUGUUUCUACACAUGAAGAACAUUAACCCAGAGCUAAAUAAGCAAUACUUGAAAAAAAUGGCACCUCCUUUAGUCACUCUUGUGGCGUCGGCCCCUGAAGUUCAAUACGUCGCUCUUCGUAACAUAGACCUUUUGCUCCAGGCGAUGCCGGAUAUUUUAGCCAAAGAACUUCGUGUAUUUUUCUGCAAGUACAACGACCCUCCGUAUGUCAAACUAGAAAAAGUCGAAAUCAUGGUGCGGAUAGCGAAUGACAAGAAUGUUCAUCAGCUUCUAGCUGAGCUAAAAGAGUAUGCAUUAGAGGUAGAUAUGGAUUUUGUGCGAAGGGCUGUAAAAGCUAUUGGCCAGGUAGCUAUUAAAAUAGAGAGCGCUAGCGAGAGGUGUGUCAAUACCCUUCUUGACUUGAUUGCGACCAAAGUCAGCUACGUCGUUCAAGAAGCAGUCGUUGUUAUCAAGGAUAUCUUCCGUAAGUAUCCUGGAUAUGAAGGUAUCAUCCCUACUCUAUGUAAGUACAUCGAUGAACUCGAUGAACCGAACGCUCGGAGCGCUCUGAUUUGGAUUGUCGGUGAGUAUGCAGAGAAGAUAAGUAACGCGGACGACAUCCUUGCAAGCUUUGUCGAGGGUUUUAUGGAAGAGUUUACCCAGACACAACUUCAAAUAUUAACUGCAGUCGUCAAACUCUUUCUCAAAAAGCCGGACGGUAACCAGGCUCUCGUUCAAAGCGUUCUGCAAUCUGCUACUGCCGAUAACGAUAAUCCUGACAUCAGAGAUAGAGCUUAUGUAUAUUGGAGGUUACUCUCUGGAGAUCUCCAGGUUGCAAAGAAUGUGAUUCUCGCUAAUAAACCGCCUAUAACAACUACGGUAUCUUCUAUUCCUCCAGCUCUCCUCGAACAGCUACUGACCGAGAUUUCAACCUUGGCCUCUGUCUACCACAAGCCGCCGGAGACAUUUAUCGGCCAAGGUCGAUAUGGAGCUGAUGCUAUUCAACACGCCGCUAUCCAAGAACAACGAGAGAACGCUGUUGAAAACCCAAUUGCAGCCAGUACGGUUGUCUCUUCUCAAAAUAAUGCAGACAAUCUCCUGGACAUUGACUUUGAUGGUACGGUACCAGUAUCUCCGGGGAUUCCCGUUAGUGCCAAUAGAUUCAAAGCAGAGGCGCUGGCAGUAACUACUAAGGGUCUCAGUAUCCCAAAGUCAGAGGCCGCACCAGCCAGCAGUGGCUUGAACGAUAUGAUGGGGCUUUUUGACUUAAAUGUCCACAGCCCCCCUGAUACCAAUGCUCCUAUGUCUAGUGUAGGUCUAGGUGAUUUGUCACAUGGAUUCAGUGGGCUAGAGCUAGGGGGUCAGACUGUGCCUCAACAAGGUGGGGCAGAGUCCAAAACAGGCAAUGAUGAUCUGCUUGGUAUUUUUUAG